GGAGAGGUCAUGUGACCUGCGGAGCCGCUCAGUCACAACAAAGAUGGCCGCCGCGGGGAAGAAGUGUAGCGGAGUCCUUUUUCUCUUUUUACUCUUUUCACUUUUCAGUUUGAGCCAAAGUCUGUUGAGUGACAGCAGGAAGUUGUCUGUAGAGUUGAACCCCGGAGCGGCCUCGCUGCCUCGUGGCGGUGACCUGCUGCACGUGAGAGCCGUGGGAGACAACGACACGCUUCACUUCCUGUUCUGCAGCCAGGGGGCGCCGACGCUGCUGCUCGUCCACACCAACACUUCUUCUUCUACUGUCCAGGUGAACUGGUCUCAGUUUGUGGAGCGCAACCACAGCGGCAGCCUGAAGGUGGAGCCAGAGAGCAGCAUCCUGUACAGCUCCGCCCUCGUCUUCAGCAGGUUGUUGGAGUACGACGAUGUUAACGACACGGCUGACCCGAUCUCCGACCUCUUCCCGCCGUACGAGCUGCAGGACUUCAUCUGGUCUCGCUUCAACCUGUCGGGUCCAAGCGCUCUGCUCUGUGGCGCCGCCGCAAACUUCACCAACGGGUCGCUCUGCCUGCAGUUGUCGGCGUUUGAGUCAGAGGGGCGUGGUCAGUCGUGGCCCCGCCUCCUCCACACAGCUAACUCCUCCCAGGUGAGGGUGUGGCUUGACGGUGUGUUGCCACGGGCGAGUCGUUCCAGGUUCCUGUUGGAGCUGAAGGCGGUGGGCGGGGUUUAUCCUCUGAGCAGAGUGGAGGUUCAUCGAUCAAUUGAUGACGAGUUCACGCCGUCAAUAUUCCAGGUGUCUCAGUGGGUUCCGACAGAGAACGCGAGCUCUGCUGAUCUGGGUUUCGUUCAGUGGAAGCCAGUGGCGUAUCGUCAGUCCAAUCCCGCUCUGGAGGACGCCACACCGUGCCGUCACUCCGACCCGCGGCCUCAGAGUGGCGAGGCGGCGGCUGCGGCGUCUGGUCUGAUCCGAGCGUUCUACGCAGAACCAGAAACAUUUGGAAUGAACGUGAGCUUCGGACUGGCAGGAGAACCGUUCUACAACAGCACCAAGUUCCUCAGCUGGACUCUGUUGGUGGGCUCUGGUUCUCCUCCCGUUGAUUCAUUCUCUCCGCUGGUCGUCAGCGUGAUGGCGGUCGGUCUGGGAACUCCCAUGAUCCUCCUGCUGCUGGGCGGAGUCUUCGUCCUGCCUGCGGAAGAGGGGGCUGCCUCGGCGACCUACGAGCCAAUCAACUGACGGUGGGGGCGUGGCCUUGGCGACCUACGAGCCAAUCAACUGACGGUUGUUUUAAAGUUUUUAAAGACUUUCUGACGGACAGGUGACAUCACUCUGACCAUCAGCCAAUCAGGACUCAGGACUCUAUUUUCUUUUCUAUGUUUUUAUUGGUGAUCAAUAAUUCUGAUCAUUCUGACAAUCGUAACCAUUAAAUUAUUGAUCUGUUUUUGUUGUGACUUCCUGUCUGCUCUCAGCUCAUUGGUUCGUCCUCACAGAGCGGACCAAUCACAGGGCAGACUGCAGCUGUGCUGGACGCCAUCGAUCUUUUAAAGUCAGGUUAUCAAUGAUAUAGAUUAAUGUUCUGUUCCUCGGUCAGCGUGCUGCGUGGAACUGAACAUUAAUCAAUAUGUUUGAUAACCUGAGUUUACCCAACUGUUAGAGCUGCUGUGGUCAGUUUGUUUUUAGUGGUUUGACUAAUAAAGUUUAAACUGUUGAUACUACA